CUUCACACGAUGGCAUCGAAUCAAGCAGCAUGGUUGGAAGGCAAGGACGUCCGGCCCCUCGCCGUCCGCGCGGCCGAUAUUCCCCAGCCGGGACCUUACCAGGUCAUAGUGAAGAACCACGCCGUGGCUAUCAACCCUCUCGAUUGGAAGCAACAGGACAGCGGCUCAUACGUCGGGGAUUUUCCUGCAAUUAUUGGCACGGACAUCGCUGGUGAGAUCCAUGCGGUGGGGAGCGAAGUCCAAAAGUUCAAGAUUGGCGACCGGGUUCUAGCACACUGUACCGGAAUAAUUGACCACAAACCCCAGUCCGGCGCCUUCCAGUUCUACACCGCCGUCCAUUGCUCCCUCACGAGCAAGAUCCCCGCCAGCAUGACCUUCGCCGAUGCUACUGUUCUUCCCCUCGCUGUUUCCACCGCCGCGAUGGGUCUGUACGCGAAGGACUACCUUGCCUUGCCUGCACCGAGCGCCUCACCUGCCCAACGGAGCGGCAAAGGGAUGUCAAUGCUGGUCUGGGGCGGCUCAUCCUCCGUCGGGAGCGCUGCGAUCCAACUAGCCAAGGCGAGCGGUCUGACGGUCCUGGCCACCGCCUCGGCCCGAAACCUUGACGCGCUGAAGUCAGAUCUGGGCGCGGACCACGUUUUUGACUACAAGUCGACCGGUGUGAUAAAUGACAUCGUCUCAGCUAUCAAGACCCUUCACGGCGAUCGUGGGCUCGAGUUUGUGGGGAUAUUUGAUGCCAUUUCUGAGCCCGAGAUCGUCAAGGACGCACUGGUUCCGGUGCUCGAUGCAUUGAAGUCUGACGGAGUCGUUUCGGUAAAGAAAGCGGCGCUGGUGCUACCCCCGCAGGAUAUACCAGAGGACUUCCAGGCCAAGUGUGUCCUUGCAGGUUUGUUGUUGCCUGGCCACGGAUACGACGACGUGACACGCGCCGUUUGGGAAACCUUUGUACCAGAGGCCCUGGGUACCGGGGACCUGAAGGCAUUGCCUCCUCCUUCGAUAGUUGGAAAAGGUCUGGACUCUAUCCAGGAGGGUAUCGACCAGAACAAGAGAGGCGUGAGCUACAAGAAGGUGGUUGUCGAGCUGUAG